UUUUAAUUGGGUGAAAAUAAUCUACCGUUGACCUGCCGCAGACCACAACAGCGGAGACUUUUAAAGGGCAGCAAACGUGAAGGACUGGCAGUGUGGCUGGAGGAGCUCAUGAGGACGUCCGGCUAGAAGAGGCAAGAGUCACCUUCCGAGUCGGGCAUGGCUGGCUUCCUGGAUAAUUUCCGAUGGCCAGAGAGCGAUUGUAUUGACUGGGGAGAGAAGAGAAAUGCCUUGGCAUCGGUGAUAGCUGGCAUCUUGUUCUUCACUGGCUGGUGGAUUAUGAUCGAUGCAGCAGUCGCCCACCCACACCCCGAGGAGCUCAACCAUGCCUUCCAUACCUGUGGGGUCUUCUCCACCAUCGCCUUUCUAAUGAUAAACGCCGUGUCCAACGGCCAGGUGAGAGGUGACAGCUACGGCGAGGGCUGCUUUGGCAGAACAGGGGCUCGCGUUUGGCUCUUCAUCGGCUUUAUGAUGAUGUUUGGCUCCCUGAUUGCGUCCAUAUGGAUUCUUUUUGGAGCGUACGUCGUGCCCAAGCACGAUGUCUACCCCGGACUCGCCGUCUUUUUCCAAAACGCGUUGAUCUUUUUCAGCACGCUGAUCUACAAGUUUGGACGGACUGAAGACCUGUGGGCCUGAGGUGUCCGCCGGUGCCCCCCUUUGCCUCUGCACCCCGUUUCUAGAAUGUUCCAGGACUCUGCCAUCUUGUCCCUUAGCUGAAUGACGCGUAGCGGCUUGCUUGACUAUAAACUGCAACGCAUGGCAUUUGGUAGCCCACCAGUAAGCCAGGCCCGAAUGAGCCCGCUGUACCCUGCCUUUUUGUUCUUUGCCCCCCACCUCACUGUAAUGAUAGAAAUGUCCCAUUGGGUGGGGGCAGCGAAGGUGGGCAUUGUGUCACUUAGUUUAUCACUUGACAAGACGCCAUAGUUCCAGAAGUAGCGCCAAGCACUAUGGGGGGUCUGUACUGUGAAGACUGGCAUUGGGCGUCCCUUUCAGGGCUCAACUCCGUCUUGUGCCCGCCUGUGUUACUUACUCUUGGGUCCACAUCACGGACCACCUGAAGUGACACAAACGCCUCGCUAGGUGAUCACCUCAAGGAGUGUGACGUGCGCCUGUGGUGCCUCGGCCGUUCAGACUUAUGGGCAUAAUGAAGGUGGGCAUCAGGUGUCUGCUGGGGUGGGGGGAGAGCCUUGCUGUUUGCUGGCUGUAAGUUUUACCCAUUGAGUACAUUCCGCCAUUUUUGGGUUUUGGCUCUGGCCGGGUGCAAUGUGCCCGUUCCUGUGCCAGGGCUGGACUGCACUUCACACAGUGUGCCCCCUUGAGGCCGGCUGUCUGCUUGUGUUCAUAAUUUUGUGCCACCAGGUCCAUCUUUGGGGCUGUGUGUCACCUGAACGUCACUUUAACGGCUGGUGCCCGCAGUCCUGUCCUGUCGUCACUCCGCCUCUCACUCUUUAGUUUGAUGUCACAAGAGCCCGUCUGGUGGCCUCGACUUGUGACAUGCGAGUCGUUGGUGAGAAGCCAGUGGGUAGUUUGGUGUGCUAGUCGGGCAGCGCUGGGCCCCUCUGUUCACUCAGGGCAGUGACAGCUGUUGGACGUGGGGGACACCUGCUCCUGCCAGCGGGUAUCGGGCACAGCUGGGUUCUCGUUGGAUUGCUGUGUAAAUAUUCCAGCUUUGGCUGUGUUGAUUUUAUAAAUUCUGUUUAUUGUACUGUGGCCAGUUGGCGUGUGCCAGGAUGUCACCUCAGCCAUCAUGCCACAGAACUACACGUGUGGCUCUGCAGUUUGACGUGGUGACGCUUUGUGGACGCCAGCGGCCUUCUCUGCGUUUGCAGCCCAACGUUCGCGGCCCGUGUGAUGAGACCACCUGGCAGUUCUGAGGGGCUUCUCGGUGGUCGUGGAGGGCCGGCGGGGGCCGCCUGGCGUGUCCUCUGCGUUGUGACGCACUCGCCUUUAGGUCUGGUGGCUUUUCUUACACUGUGAAGUCCCCGAGGUGACCGCGGAGGUCGAGUGGCGGCUUUGUGUCGUUUUGUGUUUUAUUUUCUCCGCUCGUUUCCUGUACCCGCGGUGGGUGUCACUUACAGAGCGCGCUGUGCCCGUCACGUUCACUUUAUUUAUUGAGUCUCUCAAAAUCCUCCAUGGCUGGAGAUGAAGAUGGGCAGAGCAGCUGGUGCUGUGGUGCCCACCUGUGACCUGUGCCUGCUUGUCACCCGCUCAGUCUGUCGAAUUAAAAGACCCUUUAACAGA